AGUUGCUGGAGCACAAAGAACACAGAUACCAGUUUAUAGAAGAAGCCUUUCAGAAUCAAAAAGUAAUAAUUGACACUCUUAUUACAAAACUGAUGGAAAAAAGCAAGUAUAUAAAAUAUACAGGGGAGCAGAUUCAAAAUAGGUAUUGAGUUUUAUUUUGCAAUAUUAAACAUUAUUUUAAUAUCUCAAUUAGCUUCUUUUUCAUGUUUGAAAUGAAGUUUUAUUCCUACUAAUUAGAUUCAUUUAGUUUUUACCCCUCUAAAUUUGACAUGUAGAAUAAUGAGUUUAAUAUAUGCACAUGAAAAUGCAUAAAAGAGAAUCAGAGUAAGAUAACUUUGAACUUGGAAGACUUUGAAUGUAAUUAUUCCUAAGUAUGUUUUAAUAAUAUAAAAAUGGCAGUUAAUCAGAACAAAGCAUAAAUCUUUUCCUACAGUGGCUAAGUAAAUAUCUGCAGAUUAUUUAUAAGCAAGAUGAAUGCAAUGGACACAGUGAAAGAAAAAACAGAAUUCCUACCCUAAAUCAUGCUACCUAAAAUGUAAUAAUUUUUGGCAGAAGGGAUAACUUGGAGUUUGCAUGGUUUGAUUAAUAUUAUAAUCAAGAAGAGAUUAUGGAGGAGAGGAACUGUUGUGUUAUAAGCCUGCCCAGAUAUUUAAAAAAAAGAAAACUGAGGGUUGAAUGAAAAGUAAUGCCUUUAUCUCCAUAAUUUUAGUUUAAUAGUAUUCUAAUAAAUUAAACAUGAAAAUAUUCCAGGAAAUGAGCUCUUUGCCUAUAUUUACUUCUUCACACAACCUCCACCAUUUACUACACACUUCUCCCAACAAUGGACAAACUUCUUAAAGCCAUCAUGAAAGAACUCCACACUUUGUCUCUUUAACCAGGUCCUGACAGUCCUUUCCAAAUCUUCAUUUGAGUCAAAUAGAUGCCCACAAACUAUUUUUGGGAAAAGGUAGAAGUCAGAUGGCACCAAGUCUGGAGUGUAUGGCAGACAGGAAUCCAUGAAGUGAAUCGGAAUCAAAAACUGGUAGAACAAGAUGUUAAAGUUGCUAUUUUCACAUUGAUGGUAGAAAUAAACAAAAAGGGAAAAGCUCUGCUGCAUCAGCUUGAGUGUCUAGCUAAGGAACACCGGGCAAAGCUUCUACAACAGCAGCAAGAAGUGUCAGGACUUUCUAAACAACUGGAACAUGUUAUGAACUUUUCUAAAUGGGCUGUCUCCAGUGGGAGCAGCACAGCCUUAAUGUACAGCAAACGCUUGAUUAUAUACCGAUUACGAUACCUCCUUAGGGCAAGGUGUGAUGCCUUACCAGUAUCUAAUACUACCAUUCAAUUUCACUGUGAUCCUAGUUUCUGGGCCCAAAAUAUUUUCAACUUAGGUUCUUUGGUAAUUGAAGAUAGUGAAAUCCCACCACAUAUGCCUAAAAGCCCUGUGACGGAACCAAACAUACAGCCACAAAGUGGCUUACCUUCAAAUCAACUAUCCAAGUUCCCAACGCAGAUCAGUUUAGCUCAACUUCGACUUCAGCACAUGCAGCAACAAGUGCUUGCUCAGAGGCAACAGGCACAGCGGAGGCCAGGUCCUGUGGGGCUCCCAGAAGCUAGAAUUACAGGGCCCGUGCACCAGACUCCACCACCACCACUACCACCUCCUCCACCUCCUCAGCAGCCACCUCCACGUUUGGUAAACUAUCAGAAUCACAGUUUCAAAUCCAUAGGACCAGUUCCUCUGGCUCAGCCAGUGAGGUUUCCUCAAAAUCAAAGCAUACCACAUGCAUCUGUAAAGCCAUCUCCACUACAGAUUGCAAUUUUGGCACAGCAAGCCAUUAAACAGUGGCAGAUCCACAGCGGUCAAGUUUUGGCUACUUCAUCGAGUGCUAGCAGUACAACUUCAACUCCGUCCAGUCCCACUACUCAUAGUGUUGCUGGAAACAAUGGGAAGACUUUUGCUCCAUCUAUGAUUGAACUUAAUUCAACAAUGAGUGGUUUCUGUACCUUGCCUUCUUUACCAGAUAUUGAAUGUUCAGGAAGUGUUCCAUUGGAAAGUAUUGGGAAGAGAGAGGCAUUUGCAGAGCACAUCCAAACCAAACAAUCUUCACGCAAAACUGUACAGUCUCCUAACUCUUCAGUUCCAUCUCCAGGACUUUCUGGGUUGGUUACUGCCUCUGGUGUCCAUCCUCCAAUGCGUUCACCCAGUGCCUCUAGUGUAGGAAGUCGAAGCAGCUCUACUUCUUCUGGCAAACCAUCAGGUGCAGAUUCAACCCAGAGAGUCCCUGUGGUCAUGUUAGAGCCUAUCAGAAUAAAACAAGAGUCUGGUGUACCAAGUGAGAACUAUGAUUUCCCAGUUGUCAUAGUGAAGCAAGAAACAGAUGAAGAAUCCCGUAAUCAAAAUUCCAGGUUUCCAAGAGCCAUUCUUUCCUCAGUGUUACUGAAUAGCAGCCUCUCCUCUGAAGCAUCAGUGUUGAGAACAGAAGCACCAGACAGUACAGGUGACCAGACAUCCAAUGGCAAGGCAACAUGGAUAGGAUCUCCACAUGGUGGAGAUGGCAGAAAAGAUGAUGAUCCUAACGAGGAUUGGUGUGCAGUAUGUCAGAAUGGAGGAGAACUUUUGUGUUGUGAUAAGUGUCCCAAAGUAUUCCACCUUUCAUGUCAUGUUCCUACACUCAGGAAUUUUCCAAGUGGUGAAUGGAUUUGUACAUUCUGCCGUGAUUUGGCUAAACCUGAAGUAGAAUAUGAUUGUGGUAUCUCAAACCAUGUUUCUGAAGAAAAAAGAAAACUGGAAGGCAGUCCGGGUUUGGCACCAAUAGAUCAGAGGAAAUGUGAAAGAUUACUUCUGUACCUUUACUGCCAUGAAAUGAGCCUUGCUUUUCAAGAUCCAGUCCCUUCCACGGUGCCUGACUACUAUAAAAUAAUUAAGAAGCCAAUGGAUUUGUCAACAAUAAAGAAUAGAUUGCAAGCACAUCACACAAUAUAUUCAAAACCAGAAGAUGUUAUAGCCGAUUUCAGGCUAAUAUUUCAAAAUUGUGCUGAAUUUAAUGAGCCUGAUUCUGAAGUAGCUGAUGCUGGAAUGAAACUAAGUUUGUAUUUUGAGAAACUUUUGAAGAACCUUUUUUCAGAGAGAAAAUUUUCUGUUCAGCCUUAUUGCCAUUCUGCUAAAAAUAGUUCAACCCCAACAGAUGACUCAGAUGAUGAAUUUGUGCAACCCCGGAAAAAACGCCUUAAGUGGGAAGAGCACCAUUUUUUUUAAGUAAGCUGCUUAUAUGUACUCUUAAGCAUUUUUUACUUAAAUAUUUAUCAAUUUUUCAUUUUCUAAAAAUAAUUUUUGACAUCGUUGAUUUCUACAUAUAAGGGGCACUUAACUGGAAGUAAUACCUUCCCCUGUUGAUAUAAAUUUACCGUGCUUGUUUGGAAAUAAAUUAUACUCUCAGUCCAGGGAAAACUAGGAUGUUUUGGGAGGAAAAAAAUUAAAAACAACUAGUUAAAUUAGAAUUGGGAGCUUUAAGAAAAUGGGGUCUUUGAAAACAUUAAAAUUACAAAAGCCAUUUGACUGGCCAAAAUUAUAAUUCUUUACAAUUUUAUUGUACUUAAACGUUAGUCAUUGGAGGGAAGAAGAGCACAUGGUUUGCUAUUGUCCUAAGUUUCUGAGAAGUACAAUGAAACUGUAGUUUCCCCAGAUAAUGAUUUGUGCCCUAAAAUGUAAAGUGGGGAGAUGAAUUAAAGUUCUUUGAAAACCUA